GCUGUUCCCCGGGGCAGGUCCCGCGGCACCUGCCCCGGCCUCGAGGUAAGGGGAGGAGAAGGCAAGGUGCGGACGGGAAGGGACGUGACAAUCCCUGCGGGACGGUGGCUUCACCUGAGCGGCGAGGAGGAGAGUCAGGAGCCCUCUGGGAGCGAUUCUGCUGCUAUUUCCAGUGUGUGUUUUCCUGAACUGAAAAGACCAGAUCCCAGAGUCUAUAGCCAGCAACUUUCUGCCGUGUGAAACGAACGUGCGGCAAUCCAGGGGCAGAGAUUAUCUACCCACAGGUAUCCUUGAGGUGCUGUUGAUGCUACCUCUGUGCUGCUGUGGAAUCCAUUUCUCCUAGACUCUCGUGCAGGUCAGGAAACCAGCUGGGAUUAAAAAAAAUAUUGCCUAAUGAUUCAUCUGUACUUGUUGGAUACAAUGUCUGUGCCGAGUGGCAUCCCUGUUCCAUCUGCACCACCUUCUUAUGAGGAAACAACAGGAAUCAAUGUGAACUAUCCUCAGCCCUAUCCUACCCCAGAAUAUGGCCAGAAACCAGACGGGAAAAGAAUGAACCCUUCCCCGUAUGUGGAACAGCCUUCACCAAUGCAUAACCCCAUUACAGUUCAGACAGUGUAUGUGCAGCAACCAGUAGUAUUUUGUGACCGCCCAGUUCAGAUGUGCUGCCCUUCCUGCAACCAGAUGAUAGUGACACGUCUUUCGUAUGACUCAGGAGCUUUGACUUGGCUGUCAUGUGGUGGCCUCUUCCUGUUGGGGUGUGUAGCUGGCUGCUGCUUAAUUCCCUUCUGCAUUGAUGCCCUAAAGGAUGUGGAUCAUAGCUGUCCAAACUGCAGUACUCUUCUUGGGUCUUACAAACGUUUAUAGGCAGUACUUAAACAUUGAUAAUUGAUUGAUGAAGUUGGUUAGCACCUCUACAAGCCCUUUUUGAAGCUUCUUGGAGACUUCUGUUGUUUCUGUGCAUCCUGUCACUGGAAACCAAACAAAAGUAAUGUUUAUUGCUAGAUUGUUUGAGUAAGAAUUUGCUUGAGGGGAUUCCGACUUAAGUCUGUAAAAACUAUAUUUAAUCUUUAAGGGCCACUCAGUGCAGAACCAGUUGAUGGCAACUAUGUUUUCCCUUUCUGCUUUAUGUAGAACAGGUUCAUGAUGUUCUUCAGUUAAUCUCAUUUCAACUAUGCUGCAAACUGGUGCGCUUGCUUAUAGUCAGCUCAGCCAGGGAGGAGAACAUCUAUGGAGAACUAGAUAGUCUCAUGCUUGGCGCUGAUGCUUUUGUAACAGCACUGUUUGCAAACUGGCAGGGAGCUGCUUGCCUCUGGGACAAGUGCCCCUCUUUGAC